AUCAAUUCAAUCGGAUGGAGCUGCCUGGAAAUUUCGGCAGGCGCUCACUUGGCUAACUCACUGGAGCGGGGACCACCCUCUGAUUACAAAGGGUGAUAAAGGCACCUCCCUUCGCAUUUACUGUUGCAUUGCACUUUUAUUUCCAAAAGUACGAUCUAGCCUGUCGUGCUUUUCGCAGCUUAUUUUUCGCUUCCCUAUUGCUCAAUAAAAAGUGGUGUCUGUAAUCUUACUGAGACUCGUAGCUUUCACUUUUCCUAGUCUGAAGGCAUGCCUCUGCGAAUUGUUCUGAAUGGUCCCGGACCAUGGGGAUUCCGUCUGGUUGGAGGAAAAGAUUUCGAGCAACCUUUGACCAUUUCACGGGUCACCCCUGGUAGUAAAGCAGCUCAGGCCAACUUGUGUGUCGGGGACAUGAUUCUGGCCAUUGAUGGGGAGAAUACUGAGAACAUGACCCACCUGGAGGCACAGAACAAGAUCAAGGGCUGCCUAGAUGAAAUGGUCCUCUCUGUAGACCGGUCAGAAUCCAAAAUGUGGUCUCCACUAGUGUCUGAAGAAGGAAAGACCAACCCAUACAAGAUGAAUCUAGCGUCUGAACCACAGAGACCCACCCAGUUUCAACGGGCUUUCAGUAUGACCACCCAGUCUGUAAAGCCAUCCUCUGGUCACAGCAGCCCACUCUCUCCCUCAGGGGGCUUCCAAGCUCCCUUUGCUUCUGUGUAUAACCCAAAAAAGCGUGGCAGCUCUCCUGCCCCCCCUCUGCGGCGCCACAGCACCUCGUCCAUCCCCAGUCAGGUGCGUGUGGGCCCCCGGGAGCUGAAGACUGCUGCCCAGUGCUGCCCAAACAGCCCCGUGGAGGUGGAUGUGCCGGGCAUCAAAGUCCUGCACGUGCAGUUUAACUCCCCUUUACAGCUCUAUUCACAGGCUAACAUACUGGACUCAUUACAGGGGCAGAUCUCUACAAUCAGCCCUGAGCUCGUCAGCCCAGACACCUUUAAGCCAACUGCUAUUAAGCCAGCGAUAAACACAGACUCGGAGGUUUACAAAAUGCUGCAGGAAAAUCAAGAAUCAGAUGAGCCCCCACGACAGUCCACUUCUUUCAGAGUUCUGCAGGAGAUCCUCGAGUCUGAUGAAAAAGGAGAAAAGCCAUCUGGGUUUAGAAGUGUAAAACCUCCCACAGCUAAAAUUGGAUCCUCUGUUGGGAGCACAGAAAAGCUGCCAAUCUGUGACCUGUGUGAAUCGGGCAUUGUGGGUGUGAUUGUAAAGCUGAGAGACAAAUUCCGACACCCUGAAUGUUACACUUGCACUGACUGUGGAGUGAACCUGAAGCAGAAGGGCCACUUUUUCGUGGAAGACAAGAUCUACUGUGAAAAGCACGCCAGGGAGAGGGUGACUCCACCUGAGGGCUAUGAUGUCGUCGCUGUCUUUCCAAAAUAGACUGGGCCGGCAGUGAUGUUUGAACCACAUCCAAGUGCCAUGCUUUGAAAGACCAGCAUUUAUGCUCUUUUAUCAGUAACAGAAUCAAAAUGCAACUUGUUUCCUUUCCUGAAGUGAGAAUUUGGCCAGCCCUUCUAAGCAUAUGGUGUGAUUUGCAGGCACACUGCUCACGCUUGCAAGCUUCAACGCCGCUCUUGAAAAGCUGGAUUCAGUGAUUGUAUCUGUUUUUGUGCCAGCAGGCCACUUCAUUUAUGUGCAUUAGAAUAAAAAAUCUUUUCAUGAGA